GUUAUUUCCAUUUAUUUACACAUUUUGUUUUGACGAUGUCGGAUGCGUAUGAGUUUGUGGCAAAGAGUAAAUUAAAACUUAAAAAUGAUAGCGAACACAAGAAAAAGAAAAAGAGUAAGCACAAACGCAAGGAGAAGGUAAAAGAGCGUGCAAAAGAAUCAUUACAAACAAGUGUAAACGAAUCUUUGGAAGAUAAAAUCACUAGCAGCAGUGCACCAAAGUUGACCAAGGCUGAACUAGCGUUCAAACAGCAGCAAGAAAAAAUGCGUAACAAACGAAUAAUGGAAAAGGCCUCCACCACACAUAAGGAACGAGUCGAAAAGUUUAAUGAGCAUCUGGAUUCUUUGACGGAGCAUUUCGAUAUACCAAAAGUUUCUUGGACAAAGUAGUGGAAUAUCUGUACCAUUUAUAUUGUUAAUUUAAGUGGAAUUAAUAAGCAAUCUGUAUUAAUUUUACAUAUGCAGGUAUACGUAUGUAUUUAUUUUAUUUAAGAGUUAAAUUAAAAUUCGUCAUGACAUAUAUGUAUUUUGCUAUUUAAAACAUCUUAAAUUUGCGCUAUUUAAGAACUACUUAUACAUUAAAACUUUCUUAUACACUAAACAAGUACGCGCUGUUGCGCCGAUUAUGGCUGUAAGCAUAUAUGUGCUCAUUGGAAUUACAUAUCACUUUGCUUAACACAAUUUGACUAUACCACACAAACUCUUACCAAAUGUUCAGCUUUUACUAAAUAAAAUUGAUUUAACAGUUUCCACGAGA